CGAAAGCGUGUGUCUAACUUUGGGCACUUAUGUUUUUGUUUGUUAACACAUGGAUUGUAAAACGAUAUGAAAACGUUUAUGCGGUCAAAACCAUCGCUGUAACAGUGUGAUUUUGAUGUUAACAAUGGAUAUCGAUUGUGACUACCUUGACUUUGGAGAUGAUAGCGACCCAUUUGUGGGCUCGGACAGUUCUUCAGAUGAAGGUGGGUUGGAUAUUGUACUCAAUAGUACUCCAGAAUUGAAGAGGAAACUCACGGUUCGCUGCAGUAAGAAACCAGAAUUAUCCAGUGAGGAUGAAUUUGAGAAGGAAAUGAAUGAAGAGCUAAAUGACACAGUGAAGGCCAUGGAAGCAGAAAGGAGUGGAAAAAAGGGAAUGUCCGGAAAGAAAAUACAGUCGCAGCAGCUGGAGGGAAGUUCCAAGUCAAGUGGUGAUACAAAGCGACCAGAGGAAUAUUAUGAUGAUGUGUACUUUGAUUCUGACGAGGAGGAAAUGGUGACACAAGGAGAUGAACGUGUUAAACGGAAGAAUCCUGUUAUGAGUAAUGACGACUUGCUGUAUGACCCUGACAUGGAUGAUCAGGAUCAGCAAUGGGUGGACAAGAGACGGCGGCAUUACCAGCCAGGUACAGCUGGGACUGAGGAAGUUCAGCGGCGUCUACCACACAGCGAUGCCGUUCUGGACUGCCCAGCAUGCAUGAGCACCCUAUGUAGGGAUUGUCAGAGACACAGCUCCUUUGAGAAUCAGUACAGAGCCAUGUUUGUUAUGAACUGCUCGGUAGACAAAUCAGAACUUCUAAAGUACCCAGAACAGCAACCUAAGAUUUCUAAAAAGAAGAUGAAGAAACAGAAAAAACAGGGCCGUAGUUUGAUUGGUGCAGGUGUUGCUGAUGCGGAGGCUGGGACUGAUGUUGCUAGUCUGGAGGCUGGAACUAGUGUUGCUGGGAGCCAGGAAGCUGCUGAAGAGACUAGCAAAGACAUAUUCCACCCUGUCAGAUGUACAGAGUGUAACACUGUGGUGGCUGUGUAUGACCAAGAUGAUGUUUAUCACUUCUUCAAUGUACUGGCUAGCUAUACGUAGUACAGAACUUUACAGAGUAUGUUUAGGUGUAUUGAGUUGUGUGUGGAUGUAUUGGAACGUGUCUGGGUGUGUGUUUUUAUGGGUUGGGUG